UUCGGCCAGCAUCGUCGCAUCGUCAUCGCCAUCGUCAUCGCCAUCGUCGUCCUCGAGUUCCUUGGCCGACCAGAUGACCCAGUGUAUACUUCCAGCCCCUCCCGCAGCAGCCGCAGCCUCCGCUUCGCGGGCGACCGCUCGGACGCCCAGGCCGACACCGAUGCCGACCGCCACGCAGAGGACCCGCUGGAGGUCGAAGUGUCGCACGUGAACACGGCGGGCUCGAAGCGGGGGAGCUUCAGGUGGGAGAGCCUCUUCGACAGCAGCAAGGGAAUCGGCUCCUGGCCCGUGGCAGGGUCGGCCGUGGGCAGUCGGGGCCUGCUGAUGCGCGCAGGGAGCCACGAGACGGUGGAGGGGCGCUGGCACCCCAGGAGCCACUCCGUGGCGGCCUCGAGCUUCAGCGCGACGUCCUUCGCGGACUUCAACCGCCGCAAGGCGCCCUCCCAGUUCUGCAGCGGCUCCACCGGGCUCAGCUCCGCCGGCCUGGGCGGCCGGCGCGGCCUGACCCUGUUCGAGUCCCUGCUGGGGAGCUCCAGCUCGAGCUUCGCGCGCCUGGCCAGGAGCG